CAUUUGUUUUUCUUCCCGUUGUUGUUGUUGUUUGUUGUUGUUAUUACUCUUGAUUUCCUACCGUUCUUGUUGUUGUUACUGCAUGCAGAGAGUACCGGUCUCGUUUAAAUGCGCAACAACACUCUGAACUUUCUGCAGCCUUAUCACUGACGCAGCAAACCGAACACAUCGCCGAUGACUUGUUGAACCUUCGCGCCUUCCCAAACGAAACAGAACGGAAAGACAACAAAAUAAGAUCAGCAGUAGCGCAAAAGUUGCCGCCAUCGAGACACCUAGAGAGAAACAAUAGAUCGCUGAGCUAAUUGAAGAGCCGCUGUUAAUAAUAAUAAUAUUAUUGUUGUUGUUGUUAUCAUCGUCGUCGUCGCAGUUGAUACAGAGCAGCAGUUGAGAAUUUCGCGUGCGUCGCAUCCUCCCAUGUUCGGUGUACGUAAGUGAAUCUGUGGAAAUUGCGCCGCGGAGAAUAUAUUUAGCUGAUCAAGUCUACACUACCGAUUGUAUAAUACGUAUAUACGUACAUACACACACCGAGACGACUCGAAGGAGGAGGUGGUGUAGCGUUUGUAGUAGUAGCCGCGCCGUGGUUCGUUCUGGUAGUAGUACUACUGGACACCUCAUCUGACUUGCACUUGGGAUAUUGUUGAUCGGAGUGAACGUGUGAUUUCGUCGACGUUGUUACUAUUGUUGUUGUUUUAGUUCCGCACACGGAUUGUACAAUUUGCGGAACACCGGUGAUCAUCGAAGAGGAGGCAUCGUUUUGUUUUUGUUGUUGUUGUUCGUUGAUGUUGUUGCCGUUGGUUCGGUUGUGCCGCGCUUGAUUCAAUAUAUUUGUUUAUAUGGACGCGAGGUACGGUGCGCCGACGUCUUCGACGACGACAACCUCGUCAUCUCCGCCGUGGUCGGUGGUGCAUAAGAUGAACAUUAUGGAGCCGCUGUCCGAGCUGGACGGGUUCGAGCCUCAGACUCGCGCCCGCUCGAACACGUGGCCGCUUCCUAGGCCCGAUAACUACGUGGAGCCGGGCGACGAGGCGGGCAACAAGUGUGCCGGAUUGCCCGUCCCGACGCCCACCACCGUCGUGCCCACCAAAAAGAACUCGAGUCGUCGCAACGCCUGGGGCAACCUCAGCUACGCCGACCUGAUCACACAGGCCAUCACCUCUUCGCCGGACAAGAGGCUCACACUCUCGCAGAUCUACGAGUGGAUGGUGCAGAACGUGCCCUACUUCAAGGACAAGGGGGACAGCAACAGCUCCGCCGGCUGGAAGGUAACAUCAUUCAUUCAGAAACCAUUCGACGCGUGUUCAUUCAUUUCUUCCUUCAUUCCUACCCAUUCACCAACAUCCCAACAAAUCCAACAACUAUUGCAAUAUUUCUAUUAGAAAAUCAUA